AUGUCGUCCGUGAACGACACCGACCUCUCGGACAGCAUCUCAGUGAUCUCGAUGAUCGAGUCCGAGGAUGCCUCGUCCGAUUUCGAGCUCGUCGACUUUGACGACGAUGCGCGUCCGCAGCCACCCUCCUCAACCCACUCCAUCGCUCCCAGCGUCGUCUCGGACGACCAAAGUGCCCCGCCCAGUCCAGCGCUCCACGAGUCUCGCUUCCACUUCCCUGACCCCGCCGCCAUCUUUAGCGAGGCCAACAUGGACUCUAGCUCGAUCUGCACCAUCGCCUCUCCCACACAGCCCGAGCCCUUCAGCCUGCCUCCUCCCGCACAGCCCGAAGCCUUCAAGCCCGAACCCUUCGAGCCCGAGUCCCUCGAGCCUGAACAUUACAAGCCCACCCCGCCGUCCAAAGAGCAGCAGAUCCGCCAAGCCUUCGAAGCCACGAGCCUCCAAGCGACUCCUGACCGCGCUCAGAGCUCUCAGGAUCCCUUCUUUGGCGAGUCCAAAAGCACGCGCGCAUCUCUCCUUGAUCUCAGGCGAGUCGCUCUGGCCUCUCCCAAAACCACCUGCCUCCUCAUGCUGCUGGCUGCCGUUCUCCUCGGCGUCCCUUUCCAUCCAAACUCGCUUCUGCGUGGCUGGCGUACAUCCGACGUUCAAAUCAUCGCCACACAGCCCCAGUCCAUGGCCAAAUUCGUGACCCCAGCCGCACAGGCCCAUUCCAGCUCGCUCGCUCCCUCUCAGCCUCCGCACUCGCUUGUCAAAUCAUUCGUCGCCCUGCCCUCAACCUCGGCGCCCGCAUCCAUCGCACCUGUCAGCGAACAGCGCUCCAGGUCGAAGCGCGAGUCGACUGCGCUCCAGCCAUCCGCGAUCACCCCGAAAGCUUUGACCCUCGCUCCACAGGUGCACACGGGCUCGAACGUCAAAGCGUUGCCGAAUGGACCUUGCAUCAUCACAAGGCAGAGGGCACGACGUCACAGGAACCCGCUAGCGGCGCGUGUGCCUUGCGUUCCCGUGGAUCGACCCGUCUUCCCGCUUCUCUCGGAUGCCUCUUCCAUCGGCGACGCCACCACAACUUCGUGGGACUACUGGCUCGAUCAACUCGACAGCUACUACCACGUCGUACUCAGGCCUUCCAUCGUCGAAGCCAGCCAACACGCUGCGCACGCCGCUCGACAAGCCCGUCGAUUCCACCAAGAGAUCGUCGUCCCGGCCUUGCAAAAGCACGCCGUCGGCCCUGCGCAUCGCACCGCCGAUCAAGCUUCCAAAGCAGCCAGACGCGCCCAUCGCUAUCACAAACAGCACCUCCUCCCCGCGCUGGCCAACUUGCAAAAGCACACCGUCCGCACCGCUCACCACACUGCAGAAUGGACCGCACAGUACAACCGAGACCAGCUUCGCCCGGCCCUCGCCUUUAUGCAGCAGCAAACCAUGGAGACGGCACGCAAGUCUGCCGACUACCAGCGCACCGUGGUCGGCCCCGCCCUGGUGCAGCUCGGCGCUCAGUCGAUCGAGGCAGCCAAGACCACCUCGCACGGCCUCAACAAGGCGGCCAAGCGCUUCUCGCUCGAGGCCGCCCAGACGGUCAAGCACGUCAGGCACGCCACCAACAUCAACCUCGAGGCGCUCGGCGUCGACGACUACGUCGGCUUCCUCAAAUCCACCUGGAAGAGCCUCACCAACGACCUCGCCUUCUGUUCCCACCACCAAGAAGCGUGCAAGCCGUGCAACUGUGCCGGCGCCGCUUUGCCUCUUGGCACUUGCCCCUCUCGUUAG